AUGUCUGUGGCGAACUUGCAGCGGGACACCGCGUUUCAGGUCCGGUCAUUGUUUCGGUCUUUGCUCCGUCAAUCUUCCCAAUUUUCGAACUACAACUUUCGUGAGUAUGCCCGUCGGAGAACGAGAGAUGCCUUCCGUGAGCACCAGCAUGAAACCGAGGAAAGGAGGAUACAGGAGUUGGUUCAGGAUGGUCUGCAAAGUUUGCGCAUGUUGAAGCGACAAACUGUGAUUAGUCAAUUCUAUCAGCUGGACAAAUUAGUAGUGGAAGGACAGAAGACUGGCGAGCAGACUGGACAAGAGGGCGGUAUCGUCCGCCAGAAGGAUACCGGGUGGGAUUGA